AUGGUGUCAUACACACCCGCACCACAAUUACUAGCGAGUGCCGUGGUAUAUAUCCGGGAUCGCGAGCGUAAUCCGAUAAAAUGCCGCGCCUUGUUAGAUACUUGUGCCACAGCUAAUUUCAUAUCGGGAUCUGUUCUGAAGCGAUUGAACAUUCAUGUAAGCAGAGGCGCGUUGCCAGUUGGUAUGAUCAAUGACGUAAAUACAGAGUCCAGAGGCAUAGUACGGAUCACUAUGCAAUCCAUGCACGAUAAUUAUCGCAGGGAUCUCACGUGUCUGGUGAUUCCGGUCAUCGCCGAUUUAGUUCCCUCAGAAGUCUUUCCGAGAGAAACGGUCAAAUUACCAUCGAACGUUAGAUUGGCGGAUCCGAAUUUCCACCUGCCGCGCGCGGUUGAUUUGCUGAUUGGCUCAGGGCUCACCUUAUCUCUGUUCUCCGUCGGACAGAUCAACUUGUCGCGUGAAGAUCACGAUCUGUAUUUACAGAAAACACGACUCGGAUGGGUGGUGGUAGGUGGUGUACCUUCGCAAGUUCCUUCAAAGCCUACGUGUUACAUGACGAAUCUCGAGAAUCAAUUAAACAAAUUUUGGGCAAUUGAAGAAGUCAAGGAAAUUAAGAUGAAAUCAGACGAGCAAAUCGAUUGCGAAGCGCACUUCGAAAGGACGGUGUCUCGCGACGCCGACGGGCGUUACAAGGUUCGUUUACCGUUUCGCAAAUCGAACACGCGGCUAGGGGAAUCGCGUUCCAUCGCGCUGAAACGUCUAUUGUCGCUGGAGCGUAAACUCAAUUCAAACGCGGCGUUAGGAAACGAGUACGCGCGAGUAAUCGAGGAGUAUUUGACCCUCCAUCAUACGUCAGCAAUAGAGGAUCCUGAUGACGACGGUUACUAUCUGCCGCACCUCGCGGUAAUCAAAGAAGCGAGUAACACGACUAAGGUUCGAGUAGUGUUCGACGCGUCGGCGAAGACGAACAACGGAAUGUCGUUGAAUGACGCGUUAAUGGUAGGACCUACAAUUCAAGACACGUUGUUCUCGCAUUUAAUUAGAUUCCGCACAUAUAAUUACGUCAUCACGGCAGACAUCGAAAAGAUGUAUCGCCAGGUGUUAUUGCACGAGGAGGAUCGCCGUUAUCAGAGAUUCCUCUGGCGCGUAGAUGGUAGAAUUAAAACGUUUCAGCUUAACACGCUUACAUUCGGUGUUUCGCCUUCUUCCUUCCUCGCGAUUCGAGUUUUACAGAAACUUGCGGAGGACGAACGUCAUGCGUAUAUCCUCGAGCGGCCGAGAUUCUUACCACACAUCUUUAUGUGGACGAUUUGCUAUCCGGCGCUGACACGAUCGCCGAGGCGCGUGCCAUCCGUGACGAAAUGA